GGAAGGGUGGCGGAGAGAGCGAGCGCGUCCACGUCUUUUCGACGUCGACGCAACCGGGUUGGCGCAGAAUAGCUGCUCAGUGCUCGUCGAACGGCGCCGCGCUGCGACGGGAUCAUGCCGCCGCGCCCUGCGCCACCGAUCGACCGAUCUCAGGUGGUGUAAUCCGUGGGAACCGAUGACCGACUCGACCCGCGAUCCUUGCUGAAAUCAGCCGAUCGAUCGUCGAUCAAGAUCGGGAUCAAGAUGUGACGCGCAAUGCACCGUGGACGGUCUCUCGCGCGAAAGACCGGAAACGCGUAGCGUUGGACUGACAGGGGCACCCUGGACGACAUGAACUCAAGCGGCGAGUCUGGUGGAACGAUGUCGGAGGACUACGAGGUGGGCUGCAGCGUUCCCGAGGAGGAGACCGGCUCGAACCUGCCAAUCUGGGAGGCGGUGGCGGCCACGCUCACCCUGGGCUUCCUCGUGCUGGCGACGAUAUUCGGCAACGUGUUGGUGAUCCUGAGUGUGUUCACGUAUCGGCCGCUGCGUAUCGUCCAGAACUUCUUCAUCGUCUCAUUGGCGGUGGCCGAUCUCGCGGUGGCGAUCCUCGUGAUGCCGUUCAAUGUGGCGUACCUGGUGCUGGGCAAGUGGACCUUCGGCAUCCACCUGUGCAAGUUGUGGCUGACGUGUGACGUUCUCUGCUGCACCGCCAGCAUCCUCAAUCUCUGCGCCAUCGCGCUCGACCGCUACUGGGCCAUUACCGAUCCCAUCAAUUACGCCCAGAAGCGCACAGUGAAGCGUGUGCUGGCGACGAUCGCCGGCGUGUGGAUCCUCUCGGGUGCGAUCAGCUCGCCGCCGUUGGCCGGUUGGAACGACUGGCCAGAAGUGCUGGAACCUGGCACGCCCUGCCAGCUCACCAGGCGCCAGGGAUACGUCAUAUAUUCGUCGCUGGGCUCGUUCUUCAUACCGUUGUUGCUGAUGAGCCUGGUCUACCUGGAGAUCUUCCUGGCGACACGCAGACGACUGCGGGAACGGGCUCGGCAAAGUAGACUGGGCCCGGUGCAGUCCACCAGGCACCGCGAGACCGACGACGCCGAGGAAUCGGUCAGCUCGGAGACGAAUCACAACGAGCGCUCGACGCCACGUCUGCAGGCGAAGCCGUCGCUGAUCGUCGACGACGAGGCAACGGAGGUGACGAUAGGCGGUGACGGUAGGACCAGUACGUCCACCAGACGUGGUGCUGGCAUCGACCCCGCCGCCGUCACUUCCGCCACCGUGUACCAGUUUAUCGAGGAGCGACAGCGGAUCUCGUUGUCCAAGGAGAGGCGCGCGGCGAGGACUCUGGGUGUCAUCAUGGGGGUCUUUGUCGUCUGCUGGCUGCCGUUCUUCCUCAUGUACGUCAUCGUGCCGUUCUGCCCGGCCUGCUGCCCGUCGGACCGGAUGGUGUACUUCAUCACCUGGCUCGGUUACGUCAACAGCGCUCUCAACCCCCUCAUCUACACGAUCUUCAAUCUCGAUUACAGAAGGGCGUUCAGGCGGCUGUUGCGAAUCCGCUGAGCUCCUCGCAGAGCCGCGCUCCUCAGCUCCUCCGUGGUCUGCUUUGAGGAGGAUUCCUUUUCAGACGGUGAAGAUUCUCAGCGAGCUGACAGCACGCGGAACGGGGACUCCUGUCGCCGGCUCCGUCAUCGUGACUUCUAUACUCGCGGGAUUUCCGUCUCGCUAGCCAACGGGAGUCGUUAAGUAGUAAGUUCUUCGUCCAGGGAAAAGCGCGUUGCUCGUCGUAUUACCGCGACAGCCGCGGUACGUCGCAAUUAACGGGAAUUUAGACGCCUCGCUUAUCCCCGAUCACUUAUUCGCACGCAGCUCAUUACGUUACGCGACGAAACCUUAACGAAGUCUGCACAAAGAUGACGACGACGAGAGAGAGCAAGUUACGAAACGAGAACCCGGCGCGAGUAAGUUACUACCAUUUACUAGAUUGUAAAUUGCUGGGAUUAUUAUCGUUUUGCGACGAGCUGCAAAAGUCGGGUCGCUGGCAAUUCAUUCAGGACUACUAAUUAAAGUAACGAUCUAGCAAGUUACACGUAUCCGAUAAGCGACGAUCAAGAGCACAGUCGUAAUUUUCUAUCCCAGGAAACUUGUAGCGACGCGACGCUGUACACGUCCCGAAAGGAGGAAACGCGUGUAAACUUCGUCAUACGAUCAUUCCGACGUCGUGGUUGAAAAUAGAUAGUGGGUAGAAAUUGAAGAAGUCUUGUCUGCGCGAAAACUGAUGGUGAAGAUCAAUACUGCAUUGUAAAAAUCAAAUCGUCACCAAGAUCAGAUCGACCAAUAAUUUCCGAUUUAAAUCAGAGAUUUACAAAGUUUUCGGAUUACGCGACUUUUCUCAAGUAAAUUCUUUCUUUUGGUAUGCGAACUAGAACAUUAUGAGAAAAGAUUGCGAAAGUUUUCCGCAAUUGGUACAACGGAUUUCCAUGACGCUGGAAGAGCCGAAAGAGUGAUAUGCACUUAUCACCAGAAUUUCUCCGAAAAUUUAUCAAGCAUCUCGACAAGAUGCCGAGGAGAUGGAUGCGGUUUCAUUUGAGAGGUGUACGCAGUGCGCCGCAAUCAAAAUUGGCAGCCUGGCCGACGCUAAUUCGCCCCUGAAAAGCUCUCGUGGGCGAAAGUUGAAAGGAAACUUUUCGCGAGCGUAAUAAAGGAAAUUAUGCUCUCUGUGCUGGCCAAUGCGACCAUCUUCCUCGAAUAUUGAAACCUCUAUCGGUUCCGCGUGAAUCUUCUCUCUUCCGUGGCUCCGAAGAACAAUCUAGCUGUUGGAGACGAUGAUUAAUGAUUGAGUUCACUUUCCGGUGAGCGCACAAAUAUGCAAUCUAUCAUGAUCAGCUCGCAACCAGAUCCCAACAGAGGAUCGAAGUCAUCAGGGAGACGCGUGACGAGUCGAUCGCGAAGCUACAGUUUCCACCUCGCGCGACAGUUUUGACGUUGUGCAACUUCAGUUUUCGUGCGAGUAACAAGGAAGAAGCGAAGGCGUCCCCGUGGAAUGUCGACCGAUUUGUCGUUCCAGCAGGGAGGAAACGAGAAAAGAAAAAGAAGAAGGGACGUGCCCUUCUCAUCAAUAAGAAAAACAAUGGCGCUCACGCGCGCGUAUUUUAAGUAGACCCGGUUAGGCAGACGCGUGUCUACCGAUCCUUAACAAUUGCAAGUACUAUGGUUGUGAAUAAUUAAUUAUCGACUCAUGAAUCUCAGUCGCGGGGGCAUGUAGCUAGUAAGGAGACGGGGUGUAAGAAGCGUGUGUCACUCGUCAGCACCCCGACAAAGUAGUCGUUACCCGAGGGGCGAGUGGACAGGCACACCACGUCACCAACACCGGCUCUCUUGUAAAUUCCCUGCGGUUGCACGUCGCGCGUUGUAUAAAGUCUUACACUUUAAUCGCCAACCCGAUGUAUCCGCGUCGACACGCGAUUUUACCGUUUCACGUACAACACACCACAAAGUGUCACGGAAUCAUCGCUAUCCGUUUCGAGAACGGCUCUCCUAAUUUAUCCCGCGUAAACGGUUUCUCCCUCGGCUCUUAAAAGGACGGGGAAAUCGCUCGUUGCAGUUCAACAUCUGACGUUCUGAUCGUGAGAUACUCUUUGUUUCAUCCGAAUCUUAGCUGUAACGGAACGUGAGAUCGCGUCAGUCACUUGCAGCCUGUUCGUGAAACGCUUCGUGAAACAUUAAAUUUUAGACGCGAGCUACAGUCGUCUGGCAAAAUUUUUCUCCUCUGCGGGAGCAGCUGCUUGAUCAUCGCAACAUCAGCCGGCGAGAAUUGAGGAGCCGCUCUCGAAUGAGAUCUUCGGCGAAACUUUUCUCGCCAUCGGGAGUCGUCUUCGAGGGAGUAAAACUCCGGACGAGCGAACACCCACUCUCGCAUUAAUAGAAUACAUAUCGGUGGUUUCGAGAUACCCUGUGGAUAAAGACACAUACACACACAUGGAUACACGUACAUUUAUACAACGCUCACACACGCGAAGUACUAUUUAUAUGACCAGAAUACAAUUUAAAGUAUCUCUAACGAUAAAACGAGGGAACAGGCGGCGAGACAUCGCCAUCUCCUCGAGUGCCGCGCCAAACGACGGAUUAAGACGACCGUUAGGGUAAAAAAAAGAGACGAGGAAAAAAGGGAAGUUAAGAGAAACCUAUAGAUAGAGAACGUGGUCGUGUGACCACCAGGUGUGUGUAAGCUCGACCUCGUCACCAGGGCACUCUAUAAUAAGGUUGUGAUAAGGUUGUGAGAACACGUUCGUAGCCGUGCUACGAACGACAUAAGAUUUUUAAUUAUUAGGAGAUACAUUUUACUCGAGUUAUACUCUUCGAUGCAGCGUUGCCUCCUACCCAAGAGACAGAAAAAAAGAGAGAGAGGAAGAGAGAAAGUGGAAGAGAAAGGGAAAGAGCAUAAGGGAACUGAAGGACAGAAUACUAUUACAUGUGGCGAUCGUUUUUAAACCGGUAUCGAAAUUCCAUAACUCUCAUAACUCCUGUCUUGUAAAACGCUACAGGUAGUUGCACGGUGCGGCUCGCGCCGGAUUACGUCUUCUCCAAAGCUAUCACGUAGAUCCCAUUUGCGUAAAACGCACGUAAAACACUUCGGUGUUUGUAUUCGUGUGCUUUUUAUUCGGUUGUAACUCGCGUGGCGGCUUCGAGAGAAUCGCGUAAAACCUGGCACAGCCCGCUGAAAAUUUGAUAUGUUCCUUUAUGGGCUUCUUCAUUCAAAUCUAGAUAGAGAGGAAGAGAGAAAGAGAUUCAAAUGUAAAAAAAAUAUUGAAAUAUAGUAAUCCGCGAUCAGCGAGGAGAGCCACCCGUAAUUUUGGUGCUUCGAUCACCUCAUGCAAAAUGCAUCGACAAAUUAUCUCGAUUUGUUCUCCGUCCGAUAUGGAGGCUCCAUAAUGGAGCGAACCUGAUUUGCUCAUUGUUUCAACUUGAAGAACGCGUUUCUCCGGUUCGCCGUUUCUCGCAAAGAUGUUAACAAGUGCCAAAAUAAUGUUACACUCGUCGCACUUUACGUGAACCAUGGAACUUGGAAAACUCGCUGCCCUUUCCCUUCGCGCUCUUUCCCUUGAUCUCCGAUCUUCUCGUGACGUUUCUCUCGCGUUGCCCCUCGUAAAAAAGAUUCAGCGGCGUUCGAGCUCUUCGCGGUUGUCGACGUCUUGGGUAGGAAUUUCAAAUGCGUAGUUUAUGAUAUUAUAUUAUAUAUAUUGUAUAUUAUAUCGCAUUGCAUUUUUUUUUAAAUAUAACACAUACGUAUCAAGAGCGUAUCGGUUCUCGACGAGCGGUUCACGAAUCGGCGCGCGGCUUGUUUUAAUCAUGUUCCCCGACUGCACCCGGUACUCGGGACUUCACUGUUUCCUUCCGUUCUGUUUGCUCUCUUCAAUUCUUCAGGAUUGUCUCGAGAAUCAUCUGCUACCAUCGGACGGAAUUUUAGACGCCGCGGAGCGAUUCGUGACGCGCGAGAAUCCCACAUUGUGAUCGAGCCUGGUCGCUCGAUUAUGAAAACAAGAGAUGCAACAAUAGAUACGUAUGAUAAAUAAAAAAGAUAUAUAUAUAUAUAUAUAUACACUCACACACAUCUAGUUGAUAAACCGAUACUCCAUUGGUUGUGAUUUACAAGUAUAGCAAUACAGGUACUCGUUUCUGUGCGUGAUAAUGUAUUGCUGGCGGAGCCACCCUCUUCCUGUUCAAGCUAAUUAUUUGCACACAAAAAACUAAUUUUCUCGAGAAAAUUCAGGUACAGGUUUAAUUUCUACCUGCAUGUAAGCAGGAUUUCGCGAUCUUGAAGCUUGCAACAAUAUUGAUAGCUUAAAUAUUGGAAAUUGUUUUCUCUUGCGACAUAGAGGAGGAAAUGGAUUGGAAUCUUCCACGAUAUGUCUCUUAUGUACGAAGAGAAUAUACAUACAGGUGCGUUUUAUGACAUACGAUAUUGCAGAAAAGGAAAUCAUAGUGUGAGUCAAGGGAAAACGCGAUGCUGCGGGUAUACGAAACGAAAUAUUUAUAAAUUCAAGCAGAAAUAGGAAACAGAUACCGGUUACGAUAUAACGUAGAUUGCAAGUACCGAGAGACAAAUAAUACCCAGUUUUAUGCAGCGUGACAUUUCACAAAGUGCCGUUUCAAAAAUACUGGAAAGCACCUAAUAAAAAUUUACACGAAUAAAAUCCAUCAUCACAUCAAUUCAGUCUAACAGACUUGCAAUUAUCAUAUUUCACAUAUCUGUGCUUUAAAGCGCGGACACGUGAAACAUUAUUAAAUGUAUUAUCAUAUCAGAGCAUGGAAUCUGUCUGCAUUCGUACCUCGGAUACACUAAUUUACAAAAAGAAUCACAUGUCUAUAAAUUUCCUUUGUUGUAUUCAGCUUUUAUGUGUGCAACCUUGGUUCAAAGUUUUUCCAUCUCAUUGUUGCUGCGACUAAAUGGACGCAACGUUUAUUUUUCAUCUGAUUUACAAUCUGUAUCACGAGAGGAAGAGAAGAGGGACGAAAAACAGACGACAAAAUUUAGAAAUACAUUGCAAAUUUCGUUGAAAUAGUCACGAGUAAACUGACCGUGAGGGAGUGAAGAGCUCCGCCGGCAUUUCAAAGCGCCGAUCGAACGAGCGUUCAUGUGAGCCUGCCGCUUGGAUGUGUGCAUGUAAAAUCAAUUAAUGAACAAAUCAGACAUAUUGAUGUACGCGUAUGCGUAUGUACAGUAAAGUAAAUGUGCGAGUGGUGAGUGUGUCGUGUCGAUGGACGAUUAGGUACCCGCGCCACGAUGGAAGCGCAGCAACGUGAAAAAUUUCCUUCGAGAGCAGCCCCGGCGGACAGGAUCGUUUAGGGGAUGCACAAACGUAGCUUUAACCGAUUCCGUGACGGAAUUCUUGCCGAAAAACCACCCUCGGCCCUACGUGCACACAUGGGAAAUUAUUGUCGUUGCGCGCGAGCAAUUCGAGCGAAUUUCUUUUUCAAGUCCUUGUAGUCCUCUUGGUGCGUUUCCUGUUUUCUUUACUAUCGAGAACGUGUCACAAUUCCUGUAUAGAUGCGCGGCGUAUGGUUAAACGUCACCGUUAAUUUUAAAGAGAUACUAUGUGUGAGAUGUGGAUGUACGAGAAUACUAAUGGAAUAUUGAAAAAUAAACGAUGUUAUAUAUACGA